AUGGAGUCCAAAACCAUUGAGAUGGCAGCUCUAGGAAGAGCUCUGCAUCCUGGCACACUGUAUGACUGCCGCAGCGAUGCUUUAAUUCCAGGUAUUUCUCUAUGGGAUAAUGAAACACUAAAGAAGGGUUUGGAUUCACGUCGACAGCCCAAGACAGAUCUGAAUUUCAGUGCUUCCGAUUCUCUGAAUGAGAAAGCAAAACUCCUAGAAGUGAGUGCCUCCCUUCAAGCUAGUUUCCUGGGUGGUUUAGUGGAAGUUGGAGGCGCAGCCAGGUACAUGCGCGAUAACAAAUCCUCAGCACAUCAGAGCCGAGUUUCUCUGCAGUUCAGCCAGACAACAAAAUUCGAACAACUUACUAUGGACCAGAUGGGCAAUAUCAAAUAUCCUGAAGUGUUUGUGGAUGGAAGCGCUACACAUGUUGUUACUGCUGUACUGUAUGGAGGUCAAGCUUUCAUGGUGUUCGAUCUAACAGCCAAUGAGAAUGAGGAUAAAGAAGAAAUCGAGGGAAAUCUAAAUGUAAUGAUCCAAAACAUACCUUCACUUUCCAUUGAGGGAGCAGGAGCUCUAACCAUGAGUGAAUCAGAAAAGAAAUUAGCGGAGUCUAUCAAUUGUACAUUUUAUGGUGACUAUGAACUUGAAGAGAGCCCCACCACAUACAUGGAGGCCCUCGAGCUGUACAGGAAGCUUCCGUCUAUCCUGAGGGAGAGGGAGAAUGACGCAGUACCAAUGAAGGUUUGGCUUUAUCCCCUUGCAUAUUUGAGUACAAAAGCAGCUACACUGGAGAGAGAAAUUCACAAGACACUGAUCACUAAAACAGAAACUCUAUUGGAGGAACUGGGAAACGCAGAGAUUCAAUGUAAUGACCUGAUUACAAACACAACAGUAAGUAAUUUCCAGGAUGUGAAACUAAGACUGAAGACGUUUCAGGAUUGUCUAAAAGACUACAAGGCGAUGUUCCUAAAAGCACUGCGUAGGCUGAUUCCUGCUAUUCGGGGUGGAACGGAACAGGAACAGGCACUAGCAGACAUCAUAACCAUCCAUGAGAAGUCUCCCUUUAGAGAGGAGAAGCUGAACCAGUGGCUUGAGUACAGAAAGGGUGAAGUAAAUCUGCUUAAUCUCUAUAUUCAGCAACUGAGUGGUGUCCCUGUGAUAAAAUACUCGGCCCUCAACAACAUUCUCUUUAAUCCCAGUGUCGAUACUGUGGUGUGCUUCUGCUUUACCUCUCUGACAGAUGAAGACCCAUAUUUGUCAAUUCUAAAUACCUUUAUGAAUGUGGAUGUGUUUGAAAAACUGUCAGCAAUUCCAGAGUCAGCUGACCAAGACAUGAAGGUCUGGUUCCAGAAACCUGAAGUAAUUGAGAAUAUAAAAGAUAAGCUUUUUCUCUUCAAAGGUUUUUCCCUGGCUAAUAAAGAUGAGAAAAAAAGCAGGUUUGUCAUCGUCUCUGUCUCCGACCCCUCCAAUCCUGGAAUCUCCAUCCGCCUUUACAAGAAAGGGACAAUGGUGGACAACGCAUUUCAACCCGUGUCCAAACCUCCUGCACCCAAGGUGGACGUCCAGGAUAUAAAUAUAACCUUGAAGCUGCAGAAGUCCCCGACUGGAUCAACAGUGCGGUUCAGAGUGGAAUACAGGGCAGUACGUGCCACUGAUUCAGAAACUGAUGUGGAAAAAUGGGAAGUCACAGAGACUCCAGAUGCACAGGAAAACUUUAUACUGACUGGACUUGAGCUAGCAAAGCAAUACAGGAUUCGGUACAGAGCUAUUAGUGAUGUUGGAGCGAGUGAAGCCAGCGACUCUGUCCUGUUCUCUGCUCAUGGAAAAUAUAAAGUAUCCGUGAGCAAGCCGUGGGAAAUUCCAUAUCAGGCUGAAAUCUCUAGUGGGAUGAAAGCAGGAAGAGCUUUUCACUUCAAAGGGGUUCUUCCUGAAGAUUCAUACAGGACUGGAGCUUAUAUGCUUUUGGGAGGCAAAAAAGCUCUGCUCCCUCACAUUGGGAACUUUCGAAAAACCAGUCAGAUGGGUCAGAACCCAUCUGCAAACCUAUUUGAAAUAAAUUACAAGACUGGGCCAAAUGAUGGUGAUGACAUCGCUUUCCAGUUUAGGCCUGAGCUAAAGGCUGUGGUUUGUAACAGUUGCAAGAAUGGAAAGUGGGAGGAUAAAGAAUCAAAAGAGGAGGCGCUGUUUGCCGAAGGAGAAAUCUUUGACAUCAUCAUGAUUAUUACCCAAAAUGCAUAUGAGGUUACUGUCAAUGGCCGUGAGUUCUGUAAAUUUGAACAUCGUAUACCAGUGGACAAAGUGUCCACACUUCAAAUACGUGGAGAUGUCCUCAUGAACACCUGUGCCAUUAUACAUGCCAGAGACUUCUUGGCUCAGCCACUCGACUCAGCUGAGCAGCGCCGAGGCGUCCAUAUUGCCAAACCCGACAGGUCGAAGUUCAUCCAAGUAAUGUGA